UAGGACGACGGUUAGGCAGGCGCCGCAGCGGCAAGGCAGGGAAGCUCCUUGAAACCCCGCGGUUGGAGCUACAGCUGCGGCAAUGGCUCACGAAGGCUCGAGGCAAGAGAGGCAGAUCCGGGACCGUGGGGUGACCCGAUCCAAGGCGGAAAAGGCGAGGCCGCCUACGGUGCAGGUGCCACAGGUAGACAUUGUGCCUGGGCGGCUCACGGAGGCAGAAUGGAUGGCACUCACGGCUCUGGAGGAGGGAGAGGAUGUUGUGGGGGACAUCUUGGCUGAUCUGCUGACGCAAGUCAUGGACUCUGCCUUCAAAGUCUACCUGACCCAGCAGUGCAUUCCAUUCACCAUUAGUCAGGCCCGGGAGGCGAUGCUGCAGAUCACUGAGUGGCGCUUCUUGGCCAGGGACGAGGGAGAAUCUGCAGUGGCCGAGGACCCCACGUGGGGCGAGGACGAGGAACCUUUGGCAUGCAUGACAGAUGUUUGGGCUCAGGGAUCAGUGCCCGUGCUACAAGCGCCCACCUCUGUGGGGCUGGAGGAGAUCUUCCAAGACGAAGACCGAGGGAGCGUGGACCAGAUCUCUUUAGGAAGAUCGUGGAUAGCUAGAGGCUCUCAGGAGCAGAUGGAAUCUUCGGAGGCUUCUCCAGAGCUGAGAGUCACUUCGGACCCCCCACCUACCCCAGAGCUGUUUCAGGAGAUAGGAACCGGGGGUCUUUUAGAGGAACUGGAUGUCCAGGCCAGAGACCACCAGUCUUCAGCUGGAUCCUCGAGAAGCCAGCAGUCAGUAGAGAUGGCUCCCGAUGGCAGUCCUCACCCUUUUCCGAAGCUGUCCCAGGUAGCCAGCACCCAGGCCGCGGCCCAGAGGGUACAGCCCUGCGGCUCCCAGUUCUCGCUGGAGGACCACUAUUAUUGCACCAUACAGCCACCAGAGGCUGGGGAGUGGCUGAAGCUCAAGAAGGGGAAAGUGCACCGCAUGGACUCGGUCAUGUGGGUGGCCAGCUCUUCCACCUCAUUCGAGACACAGCAGCCUACGGGCGCGGACGCGCUGCACGGCGCGCUUCACUACAGGGUGGGCCGCAAGGCCACGGCGCGCCUAGACCCCGCGCGGCUUCCGCGCCACUGGGUGCGCCCGCUGGUGGAGGUUCUGGUUCCAGACUCCGAGGCGCGCCCCCUGGAAGCCUACCGCGGGCGCAAGAGGGGCGUGAAGACCGAUGCUCAGGCCGGACCGGUAGCACCAGGCCCCCGUGUCCGUGGCUCCCCGACAGUUUACUUUUCUCUCCCGCCUAGUGCUUCUUUCCGUGUCUUGGGCCGGGGCCCUGGUCUCCAACCCCCCUCUUUGACCUUAGGCCUCCAGCCUCCAGGCUUUGGGUCAAAGUUGCCCUUUCCCAGCCCUGGGAUUCGCUUUCUUGCCACCCACUCAACCCUCCAGGAUCUGGCCCGGAGCCCCAGCCCUAAACUGUGGCCAGGUGCCAAGUGGCCCAGUGGCUGGGAAGGGGAGGCCGAGUUGCUGGGCGAGAUGUGGGCAGGCCGCAGCCAUGUACCUCUGCAUGGUCAUCACCCCAGGGACCGGGAGGGUCAGGAUCCUCACAUGUGGCUUCAGAUGUCAUCUGGAGUUCUCGAGGCCACGUCCCAGGUGAUGUGGAAGCCCAUGUUGCUGCCUGAGGCGAUCAAGCUGGCUCCCGGUGUGAGCUUGUGGAACCCAACCUCCCAGGUGCUGCUCAGAUCUGCAGGACACCGGCAGGUGGACAAAGGAGGCAGCAUUUCUUCUUCCGUCCAGCAGCACCCCAUCCAGACUGGUGCCCCAAAGCCUCAGGUGACCAUGAGACAGCUAAUGAAGAAGUCAACCCCCAAAGUGUAGUCACUCCUCUCCAAGCACCUGCCCUAUUCUGGGUCCUGAAGCUCAGUCAGUAUUUUCCUUCUUUCUGGUUGCCAGAAUAAACACCUCAGUUGCUUUAA